UGACAUGCGGCUGGCGUGAAUGGCCUUUCCCAGUCGUGUGGAUACAAAUACUUUAAGAUUUCUUUCCCCCCUCGUGGGACCUGCACUUGAACAUCAUAGAACUGCAUUGUGGGUAAAGGCUGCCGUAGCAUCGAAGCCGGAAACGUAUGAGUGUUCGCCAUGUUGAGAUAUCAGAGCAAGUCGUUAAUCUGGGCGACGAGGGUAAUGAUGACGUAGAUAACAAUCACGUGAUCACUUCAGAUGACGAAGAUGUGGAGUGGGUUGAAGUGGUGAUACCCUCUCCUAGGACUGUGGAACGCAAUGCAAUGGGUGAAUACCUUCCAAAAGAUGGUGAAAAAGCGUUAACCCAACAAGCUUUGUCAGGUCCGGGUCCUUCAACCUACACUCCUGCUAUUGAGUUAACCAAGCCUAUGGCUCCACAACACUCCAUUGUUGGAAAGGUAAAAGAUAAAAAAGUUGACACCGCGCCGGGUCCAAAGUACGACACGAGUGAAAACAUGAUUUGGAAUAAAAAGACGAGAACUUUAAAAGCGAAACUCGAGACCUCACCCUACUGGCCUAAAUCACGUGAUCACCUCACGUGCAGUCUUGGUAGCGCUGCGUAUAAAGUAGAAUAUUACAACACGGGCAAGCAUGCACCGGGUUAUACUAUUGGAUCAAGAUUUAAUGAACCCAUUAUCCUUGGCCCGCCUAACAUUGCUGUGGAACCUGUGGACACAAAAGGUUUCGCAGCUCCAGGUCCUAGUUACGCUCCAUUUGCCACCCGCGGUGUAAAAAAGUCGUUUGGUCUGAAGUACAGAUCAAUACAUGAUAAGGAUAUACCUGGUCCUGCGGAGUACAACAUCGGAAACUCGCAUCGAGGACCUCAAUAUUCUCUGGGUCAUAAAGUACGCGAUCAAUCUGCAUUCAAAGCUCCAGGUCCUGGUUCUUAUGAAAUCAAAUCAACCAUUGGAUCUGGCGUAGCAACGUCGAUACGAGGCAGGCAGACAAUACCUUCAAAAUACUCAGUCCCAAGUCCAAAUACAUAUGUUCUACCAGACACGUUCCAAGAUGCACCACGGCACAGUAUGACCUACCGAGCGUUUGAAACAGAAGUAUGUGAAACACCAGGACCGGCAAACUACCGUCAAAUUUGUCGAGAAACGUGGAAGGCUCCCCCUGAAUUCUCGUGUCGCAAACAAUGUAAACCUGGGUUCCCAGCAAUCUUGAAUUACCCCGAAUACGGGUAUUACGUGCGGUGA